ACAGGAAUAACCUUGUAAAGCCUUUUCUUAUGGUUAGGAAAACAACAUAACAAAUCAGUUCUGGUGCUAAAUUGGCGAAAAAUUAGAUCAUAUUCUACCUCGAUACGUUUGGUAGGUACGGUAAGCAACAAAACUAAAAAUAAAAAUCACUGCCUGUUGACGGCGUUGCAUGAUUUGCUGCCAAGAAUUUCUUCAAGUGGGCUGCUACUGGUACUACUCUGACAAAAAAAUGCACGUAGCAAGUAUUUAUCACAAAAUGUCCACGCAGUCUUGCUUUUAAAAAGCUUCAACGAUUUGGUCGCAGAUUUAAUCUGCUGUCCUUCUCAAUUGUUUUUGGAGAUCCCCGGUCUAGUGCGAAUAGGAGCAUCUACAGGGUACUGGUAGACACAAUUUUCCCGAUCUCCAUAUCAUCUGCUGAAGCAGAUUAAAGAGAUUGAUUUUUCAGCCGUGUCAUGCAUUUUUUACCGUGCUCCUUGUUUCGGCAGUUGAACUGAAGGUACCAUGAUUAAACAAGAAAAAUUAUGGUGGACCUUAUGAAGAUUUUCUUCAUAGAGUCUACAAACUAGCACCUUCAUAGAAAAGUCAGAAGGUUUUUAAGUGAAGCAAAUUUGAAAGGGAUGUUUUCAUUGCUAUAUGGACUAUGGAAGUACCUCUUCAGCAAGACAGAGUUUCAUGUCCUCAUUCUUGGCAUUGACAAAGCUGGGAAAACUACAUUACUGGAAAAGCUGAAAACUAUGUUUUCAGAUUCAGAAGGGCUUCCACCUGAUCGAAUUGUCCCAACAGUGGGGCUGAACAUUGGACGUGCAGAGGCUUUCAAAUCAAAGCUUGUCUUUUGGGACCUGGGAGGGCAGAUUGGCUUACGCACAAUUUGGGAAAAAUACUAUGAGGAGGCACAUGCUGUGAUAUAUGUUGUUGAUGCAGCUUGCCAAUCACGAUUUGAAGACACAAAGUCUGCCUUAGAAAAAAUUUUGAGGCAUGAAGAUCUCCAAGGUGCUCCAAUAUUAAUCUAUGCAAAUAAGCAGGACCUCCCAGGUGCUGUGUCAGCUGAAGAUCUGGCAAGAUAUCUUGACUUGAAAGAGUUGGAUGAAAGGCCAUAUAUGUUUCAAUCAAUUUCUGCAUGUGAUGGGUUGGGUAUCAAAGAUGGGAUAAAUUGGUUGGUUGAUGCCAUGGAAAGAAGUAAACGUACUGAAGCAUUAAGACAACGUGUUGAUGUGGUUGUGGCUAUUUAGUGAUCACAAUCUCCUUUUUAGGUGGUUUUCCAUUAUGUGCCAACCAGAUUUGCUUCAAAAUAGCCUGCAGUGUAUAAGUAAUGCCUAAGAUUGUAGUCUAAUACAAUGUUGAUUUUUUGUACUCAUUGAUUGUUGUUGAUCUUCACGAUGCAAAAUUAACUUAAUAUUUUUCUUCCUUUCUCUGUGCUCACACAUUACAAAAAGAUAGAAAAUGGUGCCAAAUGCAAAUUUCAAAUUGAUUAAUCUCAGAGCUGAUAUAAAUUUAUACCGUAUUCAAGUUUCCAAGUGAUUAAUCAGAGGCAGACCUACAUGAGUUGGUGCCUUUACGGGGUAUGAAAGAGCUGCCACUUUCUUACAACCCUGCAGGAUUUUUCAUCUCUUACGAAGCUUCCAUAGAUAUAGAUUCUCAAGGCAGUUUGAUGCAUGGAAGUUGAUGAUUCGAUAAGUAAAUGUUAAAUGGAUGGAUAUCUUCAGUUUUCAUGUCCAUGCACUCUAUUUAAUGAAUAAUAUUUCUCUUAUUGAAUGGGUCUAA